AGUACAUUUCGUCCGCCAAUCGACAGGCGACACGAGACCGAGGCUGCGCGUUGAUUCCAACAUGGCAGCUUCCUGAUGCAACUUUCCUUGGAUUUCUCGCUACCUUCGCCUCCCUCCAAACUUCUCCUAAUCCUGAGACGAUGAUCCUUCACCAAGUCUUGCUCUACCUCGUGCACACCUUCUCAGCGAUCAGGACUUGGCUCGCGUCCCUGUACCAUGGCCUCAAGAAGCCGCUCUCCUUCAAACACCGGAAGAGGAACGUCCACCGAAUCAAGUCGGACUCGAAGGCGUUGAGCAAGUUGCCGAUGCACGUGGGUCUGGUGGUGGUGGAGGAUGAUUUUAGAUACGGAGACCUGGCCAGCCUGGUGGUGUGGUGCGCGGCCAUGGGGAUCUCCUACAUAAGUCUGUACGACAGCCAAGGAAUUCUUAAAAGAAACAACACAAGUCUUUGGCAGGAGAUCAUGAAACAACAGCAGGAACUUCUAGGAGAGGAGAGUAACAAGUACAAUAUAGAACUGGUCAGGGGGAAUAGAACAGCAACACAGCUAACAGGACAAAAAUAUAGCGUUGAGGUUCGUCUGUUGUCGUCAGAAGAUGGUAGAACAGACUUGUUACACGCGGCGCAGCGGUGGUGUCAGGCCGUGGAGGCCAAACGGAAGAAAGUGGGCGACCUUGACCCCACAGCGCUGGAGGGGCUGCUACAAGCUACAAGAGGUGCACCAGAUGUGGACCUGGUGCUGAAGUUUGGGACAGUCGACAGUUUACUGGGCUUCCUGCCCUGGCAAAUACGCCUCACAGAAAUCCUGUCAAUGCCAACUCAUCACAGCAUAGACUACCAGACCUUUCUACUGGCCCUGCAGUCCUUCGGGAACAUAGAACAACGCUUCGGCAAAUAGCCUAGAACGUCCGCAGAGAUAUGUGUAUUUUUUGUAGUCAGAAAUGCCAAUAAAAUUGAAGCACAUUGAUUAUGAUCGCGGUUUAAGAAUUAGUUAGUAUUCUUGUUACGAGUCCGAGUAUGGUACAUGUGCAAAAGAUAUUAAAGUGUUUCUACCAAAUGAUGUCAAUGUGGCAAAUGUAGCUUAAAAACACCAGAAGUAGUCAUAUUUAAUUUGAAUAACUUGCAAAGUAAGAAAUGUGAUUUUUGGAAGGUCGCAUAAAAUGUUUUACAGAUUACAUAUCCAUGUGUGCAGAAGUUUCCCCUUAUCAAAACCAAGUAAUCAAAAGUAAGGUCUUGAAAAAUGAUGUUGCUUUUCACGCCCAGAUAAAGAAUUUGACAGGUGAUGUCCAUCAAUGAAGUGUUGUCCGCUCACAGGCCAGUGCUCUGUAAGGCUGCUGACUGUAGGUAGAAUAGAAUCGUGUUCACAAUGUACGUUCAUGUCAAGCUAUUUAAUAGAAACAUCUCACUGUGUUAGUAGGGCUUUUUAUGGUGGCAACUUCGUAUGAUCAGUAGUUGUU